GGCUGGCGCGCGCCUCGCCCGCCUCGGUCUGCGCUGCUUCCAGGGGCGGGUGGGGUGGGCUGAACCAGGCCCGCCGCUGCCGCUGCCAUCCUGCAGAGAGGCCGAGCGUGAAGCCAUCACGGUCUUGAGGGGAGCGCGGCCGCCAGGCAGCCCGUCGGCGUGCGGUGCAGGCCAGAGGCGUGCGGCAAUGUGAACCAUGAGUGCGACGUGGACGCUGUCGCCGGAGCCGCUGCCGCCGUCGACAGGGCCCCCGGUGGGUGCGGGCCUGGACGCGGAGCAGCGCACGGUGUUCGCUUUCGUGCUCUGCCUGCUCGUGGUGCUGGUGCUGCUGAUGGUGCGCUGCGUGCGCAUCCUGCUGGACCCCUACAGCCGCAUGCCCGCCUCAUCCUGGACCGACCACAAGGAGGCGCUGGAGCGCGGGCAGUUCGACUACGCGCUGGUGUGACGGGCCGGGGUCUGCGCUCAGGACCCGCCCUGCCCCAACCCGGGCGGGCGGCUUUAGGAGCUGGCCCACCCCAGCCCCUUCGGCCCGCCCAUCUCCCCCCGGCCGGGCCUGAGCCCCACCUCGUGCCUUUGUCAGGCCCUUCCCUUCCUCUGUGCACACUCUGAGCCCCGACCCUGCACCCCAGCUUCUAAGUGGCUCUGCUGUUGUCCUGUGCCAGGCAUGAGUGCCGUGCAUCCUUUCUUGGGAGUGGAUACGUGCUAUCUCCCCCUCUUUCCUCUUUCCCAUUUUCGUCUCCAUGGCUGAGUGUUGAGCCUGUUUUUGCGUCCUGCUGGGCAGGACUCUGCAUCCAAUAAUGCCCUACACAUCCUACCUGAGACCCGGACCCCGAAGAGCGACCGUGGCUGCUGUGCCCCCAAGACGCGCGGUGCCUUCUGCCCCCAGGUCAGGCACACCUCUGCUUCCAUGGGCCCCACCACCUCCCCAGCUAUACCCACACCCCUCCGCUCCCCUUCGCCCUGUCUCUAAGUGAUGAUCGUGUUGGUGGUGAUAAUAAAAGCUACUAUUGAGCGCUUACUGCAUGCCAA